UUUCCGAGGAGAAUGGAAAAAAGAAUCAAUUCUUCCGUCUUCGGUGUGGAAUGAAGUUCCUUGGUAUCUGGACGAUGGCACUAGCCGUGUACGUGUUGCUGAAGCCCGUUCGGUUGAGGAUUUCACUUUCACUUGUCUGCCAAUGGCAUGUGGAGGGGAAGUGUUUGAGAAGUCAAUACAAACCCCAAUUCAGGAGAAAAUACAAUUAGACACUGGUGCUAAGACUUUAGGAGUCCACAAGAUCGAGCGAGUUCUCCCAAUCGGUACAUGCUUGACGGUUGUUGGUGAGGUGAUUAAGGAUGAAGCAGGAAAUUUUGUUAUUCAGAAACUAUACGGAGGACACCCAUUUUACGUCUCCUAUAGAUCAGUCAGCGAGAUUAUUGAAAAUUUUCGGGAAACGUCGAGGUUUAGUUUUUCUCCUUGUAUCACUAGUAGAAAAAUAGUUUUUUUUAGUACGAUCAUUAACCGUAGCAAAACGUAUCAAAUUCGUACUAAAAAGGCUUUUGCUACGCAUUUGCUACAAAUUUGUCCAGUAGCAUAUACAGGCAUGACAAAAGCUUUGCUACGGUUUUGCAUGUAUGCGUCUGCGGCUUUCGGUCUAAUUGGGGUGGUUCUCAUUGCUAAGCAUGCAUUCCAGUACAUGGAAUUCAAGAAAAUGCAAAAGAGGUAA